AUGCAAGAGUUUAUAGGCUCCGUGCGCCGAUCUCUUGUCUUCAAACCUCCCGGCGGCGAAGAUACUGGUGGCUUCCGCGACGUCGUUGAUAAAAUCGGGACAAGUGUUCGAAAUUCCCGAAUCGGACUUUUUUCGAGAACCCCAUUCCACGCCCUGCCCCCGAUUUCUAAACCAGAGACGCCACCACGAAAAGUCGUGAAAGGGGAAGAGCGAAUAUUGAUUAAUAAAGAGGAGGCGGUAACACUUCAGAUUAGAGGGGUGAAAAUGGAGGAGAAUGUGGAACAGCCGUCGCCGAUCAGGUGGAGGAAGGGGGAGUUGAUAGGUUGCGGGGCCUUUGGAAGGGUUUACAUGGGUAUGAAUCUUGAUUCUGGAGAGUUACUUGCUGUGAAAGAGGUUGCAAUUGCGGUGAAUAGUGCCUCGAAGAUAACCCAGGAUCAAAUCACAGAGCUCGAGAAAGAAGUGAAUCUAUUGAAAAAUCUCUCACAUCCAAAUAUUGUAAGAUACUUAGGAACUGCAAGAGAGGAGGAUUCGUUGAAUAUAUUACUGGAAUUUGUUCCUGGUGGAUCAAUCUCAUCGCUACUGGGAAAAUUUGGAUCUUUUCCAGAAUCUGUUAUCAGAAUGUAUACGAAACAACUGAUGUUUGGAUUAGAAUACCUGCACCAGAAUAAGAUUAUGCAUAGGGACAUUAAGGGGGCGAACAUUCUUGUUGAUAACAAGGGUUGCAUUAAACUUGCUGAUUUUGGUGCAUCCAAGAAAGUUGUUGCACUGGCUACUAUGACUGGCGCCAAAUCAAUGAAGGGUACUCCAUAUUGGAUGGCACCUGAAGUUAUUCGCCAGACUGGCCAUAGCUACUCUGCUGAUAUAUGGAGUGUUGGAUGCACUCUUAUUGAGAUGGCCACCGGAAAACCUCCUUGGAGCCAGCAGUAUCAGGAGGAAUUUGCUGCACUCUUUCAUGUGGGGACUACCAAAUCUCACCCACCAAUACCUGAGCAUCUCUCCAUUGAGGCUAAGGACUUCUUGUUAAAAUGUUUACAGAAGGAACCUGACUUUAGGCCUUCUGCAUCAGAUUUAUUAAAGCAUCCAUUUGUGACUGGAGAAUGUCAGAAAUCCCACUGUGUUUCACACACUUCACUUACGAAGGAUAGCGAUGGAAAGAGGAUGACAGCGCUUGGAAUUGACCUCAAGAUGUCAAUGAAUUUUCAGACAAGGAUGACCUGCAGUGGUUUGAAAGAUGUCAGUGACUUGGGUGGUGUAAGAUGCUCGUCUAUAUAUCCUGAGUUGUCAGGUACAGGAACCUGUUGGCAACCAGUGAACGUUGAUGACGACAUGUGUCAAAUAGACGACAGUGAUGAUUUUGGUGCUACAAUGAAAUAUAAAUCUAGUCUGCUUGCAUGCGAUUUUAAUCAGAGUUUUAAUCCAAUGUGUGACCCUGAUGAUGAUUGGUCUUGCAAGCUUGAUGGAAAUCCAGAGGUGGGGGAAACUGGAACAAGGUUGCUUACAAGUCAAGUUCUUGAACCUGGGAAUAGACUUCAAGCAUCUGGUGAGGAUGAUUGUGGCUUCAUAUUUCCAAGUGAGCCAUCAAUAGCUGAAGAUGAUGAUGAAGUAACUGAGUCAAAGAUUAAGGCAUUCCUGGAUGAAAAGGCUUUAGAUCUGAAGAAGCUGCAAACACCUCUAUAUGAAGAAUUCUACAAUUCUUCAAUUGUUACUGGACCUCCAAGUCCUGUCUGGACUGCGAAUAAGGAGAAUGUUUAUGAUGAUUCGAAAUUAACCCCUAAAAGUAGGUCACCCAAUAGGGUGGCUAACAAACGACUUUCCACUGCUGCUGACCUUGAGUACAACUCAAGCCCAGGGAAUUCUUCCAGAUGUGUAUCAAAUAUUGGCGACGUAAACUUUCAAGCUUCUAAGAAUGUAAAAGAGCUUCCUGAUUCUCAACAGGGGCCACUUAGUCCAAGCUCAAGCUUCUCUGAUAGGCAAAGGAAAUGGAAAGAAGAACUUGACGAAGAGCUCGAAAGGAAACGAGGGCUUAUGCGUCAGGCAGGAGCAAAGACUUGCAAAGAUGCUGGUCAGGCGCUUGACAUAAUGGCAAUUCAUCCAUCUGGAUUCUAUUUCAUGGACUUGAGGUAG